AUGCCCAAGAAUUUGAAUAACACCCAGUUUGCUGAAAGCGAUUUACUUUUGUUCAAUCGGGUACCGAAAGUGGGCAGCGAACAUAUGAUUGAACUUAUACGACGUUUAAGUGUUUUAAAUGGCUUUGAGACGAAUCGUGCAUAUUUUUCGGAACCAGUGCGGCAACGUCUUACGCCGGAGGAGCAGGAGGAGCUAGCGAAAGAGUUGGACGAUGAUUAUGGCGAGCCAUUUGCAUAUUCUAUGCAUGUAAAUUAUAUUGAUUUUAGGGCAUUCAAUUUGCCACAACCGAUUUAUAUAAAUAUGAUACGUGAUCCAAUUGAACGGGUUAUAAGUUGGUUCUAUUAUAAACGUGCGCCCUGGACUGCUGUGCAAAUGUAUAAGUUGACUAAGAAAUUUCGCAAGCCACAAUGGUAUAAGAAGAGUUUUGAGGAGUGUGUUUUGCAUCGCGAUAUCGAAUGCCGUUAUGAGACAGAUUCAAGCUUUGGCAAUUCUAGUGAAGAUCACAAAAGGCAGACGUUAUUCUUUUGUGGUCACGAUCCAGGUUGCGAACCUUUCAAUUCACAAAGCGCUUUGCAAUUGGCUAAGAAGCAUGUUGAGAACGAAUAUGCUGUGGUGGGCUCUUGGGAGGAUUUGAAUGUUACACUAGAACUGUACACACUCUCGCCGUGGAUGCUUAACAAUACCGCCAAAGCGGAAAUCGAUAUAAUUUUCUUUAAUCGUUUGGAAAAAGUGGGCAGCCAAUCGAUGAGCCAACUCUUGCGAACUUUAUCACGAAUUCAUAAAUUCACAUAUAAUAUAAAAGUGCGCAAUGUGGGACAAAUUUUGGAUACCAGUGAAGAGCAGCGAGAUUUAGCUGAAGAAAUUUUGGACUACGGUAUACCGAAUGCUUUUACGAUGCAUAGAAAUUUUAUAAAUUUCACUGAUUUGGAUCUACCGAAACCCAUAUACAUUAAUCUGGUACGCCAUCCAAUUGAAAAGGUCAAAAGUGCUUACUAUUAUUUGCGGCAUCCGUUCAUUUACAACAAUAUGUUGUUAAGAAAUCCGUCAAAGCCGACAAAAAAGUACGAAUUUUUCAAUAUUUCUUUCAACGAUUGUGUGCGAGAGGGUAAAAUACCCGAUUGCAUAUUUGAACCGCAUACGCAAUUUAAUAGUGAUUGGCGUCGUUUUGCGAUGCAUUUUUGUGGAAAUCAACCGGUUUGCAAGCAAUUUAAUUCCCAGACUGCUACUCAAAUAGCAAAACGUAAUAUUGAAACAGAGUAUGCUGUGGUUGGUUCGUGGGAGGAUACAAAUAUAACACUUACAGUUUUGGAAAAUUAUAUACCAAGAUUUUUCCGUGGCGCCACCAGAGUUUAUUAUAGUGACCCCAAGCGUUUUCAUAAAAAUGCCACUCCGCAUAAAAAUGAGUUGGAUCCAGAUAUUGAGGCACAAUUGAAAGUACAAUUCUCAUUCGAAAUCGAAUUAUAUAACUUUUGCAAGCAACGGCUGUAUAAACAAUACAUUGCCAUUAGGAAAGAUGAAGUUAUUGCACAAUUUAAUUAG